UAAAAUUAUAAAAUGAUCCCUAAUUUUUUAAUAUUUAUAUAAUAUACCCUGCGCGUAUAUGUAUGUUGUCUGGAACUAAUAGCUGUUGAUGUUGUCCAAAUUUCAGAUUUUGUGCAAGGGUUCCAAGGAUCAAAGGAGUGGAUAAACCAAGAUGGCGACUUUACUGGUUGCAGUCCGGUCCAUGAAUCAGAAGGCUACACAGAGAUUCGGCGCUUCUCCACUUGCCCUCUUGCUUGCCGCUUAUUCUGGAGUGUUUGUCAGUGAUAUGAUAGUGAACUGGCUCUUUCCAGAUUUUCGUGGAAGGUAUAAUCGAGCUUCUUCUCUCAUUCAGUUGUGGCCUUGGAAGUAUUUUUGGGGGACAACACAAAAUAACGGGCAAAUUGCCCGGCGAAAUGCAGAAAAACGAGAACAGUAUGAAAUGGAUAGAAAGGCGUCCGUAGAAGACACAUUAAAGGGACACUGCAGGAUGAGGGAAUACUACCAUCGCCGGAUAGAAAGAUUGCGUUCACGGAUUGCUGCCCUGGAAGAGCAGGAUGUCGCAACAAGUUCCCCGGUUGCUGCCAUGGAAAACCAGGAAAGCACCAGAUGUUUCUUAUCCAUGUGGAUGUUGGAGGCUUUGGACAGGCCUGAAGUUGGAUAUCAGUGUCUGGAAAUUAUGCUCUGAAUGGGAGGAACUAUGCUUCCGUUGGUGUUUUGAGAUUGUUCAUGAUAUUUAAAUCCCUGUCAGUCUUUUUAGUUAUGCUGCUACAUUUGGUUAUGCUAGAUCACUUGGGUCAAGACAGACUCUACCGUGCUUUUGAGUUAUGCUAGAUGACUUUGGUCAAAGUCACCACACUGUACUGUGCUUUUGAUGGUCCGAGUGCUACCUCGGUUAAGAGGUGCAUUUUUAUGCGAAGACAUGUAGAUGUGUUUAUGUGUACAUAUGUGUUUUCACCAUACAUUGUGUGCCAGUUUGUCAAAUGGGUUUUUACCCAAAUUUGUCUGC